UAUUCCUCGAACAAAUUAGGUGAAAAGAAAUCUAGGUCGCCGAGCAAUUGUUCGUCUUUGAUUCGUGAAUUUCGGAAACGGGAGCGAGAAUUCGGUCAUCCGGCAGGCUUAGGCGAAGGAGUAUCACUGAUACAGACCAUCGAUGGAUCCUCAAGAUUUACCCGCGAAGAUAGCGCUCCAUACUCCUGUUUGAUCUUUGGAUAGUGUGAUUUAGGGCAUGGGAAUUGAAGUUUUUUGACGGUUUAUUGCGAAUCGGUUUCGACCAUUUUAGGGUAUUAUUCAAACGCUUCGUUAGGAGUAAUUUCUAAUAAUUAGCUAAACAUGCAAUGUCGAAGGCGUGAAGAUUACUAUGUUAGAGAAUCGGAAAGUAUGAAACUACAUGCUCAGGAUCGGCUUCAUCUGGAUCAUGGUCGAUAUGUUAAGCCCAGACGGGAGGCACUGGAUCGAUCUCCGUGUCUUAGAAGGAGUUUGAGCCCUCACAGGAUUGGUGACUCCUGGCGUGAAUUGGGUUUGGGUCAGAGGGUUGACACCAUUGAAAGGAGGGACGAGGAUUGGCGUCUAAGAACUGGAAGGAACAAGGAUAUCGGGUCAAGUGUACCUUCUUAUGGUCAAGCGAGGGAAAGGCCUAACUACGACGAAGUGUUCCUGCACAACGAUCACAGGCAGCUUUCAGAAUUGCAGCGAACACAUGUUUUAUCUGAGCCAAGGAAAAUUUCGGCGGAGGAUGAGUUUUUAGAUUAUAAUCAAGACCUUCGGUAUAUGCAUGAUGAUUUGAGAAUUAGGAUAGAGAGAGAAAUUAAUCAAGGGAAAUGGUCCGAUGGUAGUGGACAAAGGAGGAUGAAUCAAAAACUUUUGGCUGCAGAGGAGGGCGAGAUGGCAAUGGGGUCCUACAAUUCACAUUUGGAUAUGAAUCCUGCGUCAAUUUAUAGAGACUUCUUACCAUCAUCCCAGAGUUUGGAUAUGAGAAGUCUCGACAACGAAAGAUUUAAAUAUCGAGAUGAUGCAGUUUCAGAUAAAUCACAAGGUGCAGAUUAUCAUGAAGUUGAACCAAACCUCAGGUUUCAUUCGAGGAAUAUUGAAUAUUCUGCAAGCUCAGGAUUUUAUUCCAGAAAAUAUGAGAGCUCUUUGUCAAGACCAUUAACAGGCAGGUGUUUGGAAUCUUAUCAGGAUGGGCAGUACCUCCAAAUUUCAGAUGAGUUUUCAGAAAGGAGCCAUGGAGAUUUUGUGGACCCUAAAGAAUUUAAUUCAUAUGGGAAAAGGACCCUUGUAGAUUCAGCCAUGGUUGGAGGAAAGAGGAAUCUAACUCCUCAUCAACAAGGUACUAAUAGUUCCAGGAGGGAGCAUGGGAGCUAUUUUUAUUCUAAGCCCGAGGGAACAGUGAAUGAUUCAUAUGAAGGUCCGUCUCGAGUAAUGCAGAAAAUUACUCAAACCCGUAAUUAUAUCGAUUAUGAUAGUGCAAUUGUGUCUGGUCGUGGAGACUUUUCAAGACCAAAAGUUUCGAGCGAUAGUUUGCUGAAAUUACCAAAUGUUGAUGACUCGUAUGCAAACCAUAGAACUGGAAUAGCACUCGACUGUUAUAGACUUAGAAAACAGACAGUUUUAGAUUACCCUGAUAUAGAAUUAACAAAAGCAGUGAACCAUGGCAGUGAAUAUGUAGGUACUGGGUCCAUCCAUCUUGAGGUGGGUAGGAGAGUAACUCAAAGUUUCGAAGAGUCACCCAUUAACCCUUCUCCGUAUUGUCAAAAAUUGCUUGCAAGAUCAGAUUAUGGCUCCGAAAGAGAAGUAGGUUCACAUCUUUUGAAAGAGAGGUUGCAUGAAUCCUCCAUGUUCAAGUGUGAUGGAGAAGCUUACAGAAAUACUGAAAGCCUAGAAAGAAUGACAGAGGGUGUUUGCACUUAUAACUUGAAGGAUCGGGUGCCAAAAAGAAAAUAUUUUGAGGAAGAUAGGAAUUUACUCGAUUGUAAAAUAGGAACAUCUUGUGAUUAUAUGCCCAGUAAGGUUGUGGAUCUAUAUAAUAGUGGUGAAGAGUGGAUGGAGGACGAUACCAAUCGCAGAUAUACAUCCAGGAAAGCAAAAUUUGACCGCAACAAAUACAGGAAGCCAAAUAAGAAGUAUGAUCGGCAUAAUUUAUAUGCUUCUGAUGAUUCGUUUUUACGCGAAAGCUAUUUGGAUAAUGCUAAGAAAUAUGAAACUGGUCCUAAAUAUAUGAAGGGCAAUAAAAAACAGGGUACUUCAAGCUGGAUCAAGUCACAAAAUGUUGAUCGCAGAAAUAGUCUUCAUAAACAGCAUAAAGUUUGGAAUAAAACCGAAGGGGAAAACGGUUAUGUUUAUUUAAAUGACGCUGACUUGUCAGAUGAUUUGGUAAUACCUACGGAAUCAGAACCUCCUGAGGAUUCUGAAAAGUUCAAUCAAAUGGUUCAUGAGGCCUUUUUGAAGUGCUUGAAAAUGUUGAAUAUGAAGGCUAGUGUCCGAAAAAGGUACAAGGACCAAGGGAAUGGCGGUAGUUUAUAUUGCAUCGUAUGUGGCAGAAGCUACUCGAAGGAAUUUUUGGAUACUCAACGCCUGGUAAAGCACGCCUAUAUGUCCCACAAGAUCGGGUUGAGGGCUCAGCAUUUAGGUCUUGCCAAAGCCAUAUGCGUUUUGAUGGGGUGGAACAGUGCCCUUCCCCAAGAUACUGUAACAUGGGUUCCUGAGGACUUGCACAAGGAAGAAGCUGUGGUUCAGAAGGAGGAUCUUAUCAUCUGGCCGCCUGUUGUUAUCGUCCGCAACAUUUCUAUGUCAUGCAGCAAUCCUGGAAAGUGGAAAGUUAUAACAAUUGAAGCACUCGAGGCCUUCUUAAGAAGUAAGAAUUUGCUGAAGGGAAGAGUCAAGAUGAGUUUAGGCUGCCCUGCAGAUCAAAGUGUAAUGGUGCUGAAGUUCCUGCCAACCUUUUCUGGUUUGACAGAUGCUGAAAGACUCAACAAGUUCUUCCUUGAAAAGAGACAUGGAAGAGUGAACUUUGAGCAGUCGAAGGGCCUUAAUGGCAAAGGGAACGAUGUCGGAAAAACAGCGGAAGGAAACGAGAUCGAAGAGGAAGAAGUGCUCUAUGGAUACUUGGGGAUUGCAGAGGAUUUGGAUAGUGUAGAGUUCAAUAUAAGGAAGUCGAGUUCGAUAAAGAGCAAAAAGGAAAUUUUGGAGUUGUAAAAUCCUUUUCUAGUUGUUUUUAUAGAAUGCCAGAAGAGAUUCGAACACGGAACACGGAACGAAAUGAAAAUUUGAGAUUCUAUUUGUGUUAGUUUUUAGAA